CCCAAUGAAUGACGUCAGGUGCGUACAGUGCGCGCUCGGUGCGUUGUGAACGAACGUGCUCGCUUGCUCCGAAAGGAUUGUCCGAGAUAGAAAGUGGCGGAAUACGAUGAUACGUAACGCUAACGCGGGCGUGUUGUGCGCGUUCUUGUUGUUGUUCGCCGCGACAGGUACCGGAGCGAUACGCUGUUUCCAAUGUAGCUCCGACACCGAUCCGGAUGGCGAGGACCUUUGCGGCUCCUACAGGACAUUCGACAAAGAGCGGAACGUGCCGAUCGAGUGCAACAGCGAGGAAUCCCACAUGCCUGGCACGUUUUGCGUUAAAUACACCGAGCAGAGCCCGCGCGGUUUCAUCUGGGAUGGUAGGUGGCGACAGGUGAUCCGACGAUGCGCCUCUGUCGCCAGUACAGGGGUCACGGGGGUCUGUAACUGGGGAGUUCAUGAGAACGGCGUUUACUGGCAGGAAUGUUAUUGCUCCGAGGACGCGUGCAACGCAGCAUCCAGUCUGGUGUCCUUCACCACGCUUCUCCUCAUGACAUGCGGCGUCGUGAUUACGCUAUUUUACUUUAAGUGAACAAAUUUUCAAAAUAUUCAGGUAUUUUUAAGAAACUGCAAAGUAGAAACAUUGAUCGGAAAAGAUCGAUAGUGGAGGCCUUGUCGUUUAUAAAAACGAGAGUAGUUUAGAUAACGUCAAAGAUUAGAGUGAAGAAGACAGUAAUAAUGAGAGAUGCAUUAUUAGGAUUUUAAAGCUGGUCUUUUUUUAAUGCAAUUUCGAUUGAAAUCAUGACUCCUGAAUUGUUCCCCCGACUUUUCUUCCUUAAAUUUUUCUCAAUUGGAAGUCUACUUUUAAAUAAUAAGAAACAGAGAAUUUACUUGUAAUAUAUUUGUUUUUUGGAAUUUUUAUUGUAUUUGAUGUGGAAUCGAGGCUCCAAAUUUGCGUCUAGCCAUAAUCUACUCCGAAGUUGCCAGUGUACACUUGUGUUCCUGGCUCCGUUUUCCGAGCCAGCGUGUAGAUAUGGUAAAUAACACGUCCGUCCAUGUACGAUAUGUUAAUCUAUUGAAUCUCUCGAAUUCUCACUUACGUAAAUAACUUAAGCGUCGUAUCCGUCCAUUUAGUAUUGUUAAGAAAUGCUAUAACAUUAUUUGUUCAAAAUGCAAUUGAGAUAAAAUGAUUAAUUCAUUAAAGAGAAUUAAGGAGAGGUAAAUUAAGAUACUAGAUCUGUUAAUUAUACUUUGGAUUUUAUAUAAGAAAUGCGAGAAAGUACAAAAUGGAUUUGGAACAAUAAUUAGCAUGAAAAGAACGGUUCGAUAUUUUUAUCUAAUUAUUUUAGAGCACAGAUUUAUUAUCGAGAUAUUCAAAAUAUUUAAAAAGUGCCCUUUUUGUAUGCAAAAGUAUUGUUCAAUCACCUUCGAUAAUUUAAGUAGAAUAAUAUAUCAACAGACUUUUAAAGCAACGAUGAGUUAAGUCGCGUGAAUAUCUAAUACAGCAGAAAUAUUAUUAAAAGAAAAAGUUAUAAAAAUCUCAAUUUUAAGAUCUUCGAAAAAUUCUAUAAUAUAUCUUUAUACCUACAAUUGUAAACGAAAUAUCGCUACUUUUGAUCAUGAUUUAAUUAAUUUAUUAAAACAAACAUGAUACUCUUUCUUUCUUUAUUCUUUUUCAUGUGCAGCUUAACGCAUCGUCGCUUUAAAUUCUUCACCUAUCUAAAUUUUCGAUCACUUUAUUCUUUUUUAUGUACAAACGCAUUAUAACUGACGAUAAAUAUACAUAUUUAAUGUUUAAUCUA